CUAAACUAACAUACUGAUUAACAUAUUUCCACAUUUAUUUUCAGAUUUGGAGGUAUUUUCAGGCAACUAUAUGUUUGAUUGAUGUCAUCAUAACUUACUCAGGACUUCAGUGGCAUCAAACAGCCAUUUUUUCAUUUCAGUGCAAUAAGUACUUGUGAUUGAAGGAAAUAGUUAACAAAAUCAGUGCCUCCUCAUUGUAUAUGCUUACAUGGGAAGCGUGUUACUCCGGAAAACAAUACACUGAAGUUCGUGAUCAUUUCUUUGAACUGUAUUGAAGGCCCGUGACCAUCUGAAUACUGAAGACCAGUGAUCAUCUCAAAACUGGAGACCAUUGAUUAUCUCACUACUGGAGAACCGUGAUCUCAACACUUGAGUCCCCUGAUCAUCAAGUAUCAUCACUCCAUCGGUUGUUGUCACAGCUGAUGCAGUUGGUCCACUCGAGUGCCUGCAGAGGUGCCGGUUUGCGACGGAGCAUUGCUGCCAGGCGCCGCGGGCGUCGCGCCUCCAAUAAGGCUACUUCUUCUGAGAGAGCUGGUUGCGCCUGGGAGAACGAAUUAUCCAACGCUAUACACGUUCACCGGACCUGAAAAAAGCUCAUGUCAAGUGCUUGAGGCAUUCAGCCUUCUGUGAGAAUCGAAACAUUCAGCCUUCUGUGAGAAUCGAAACAUUCAGCCUUCUGUGAGAAUCAAAGAACUGCUGAGUUUUCACUUCACGAGACCGUGGACUACCUCAAGAAGAGGGGUAACAUUACAAAACUCUACGGAUCCGGCUGACAUCAUUUGACCUGAAAUUUCCUCAGAUGUGUGUAAGCAACUUAUUUCGAUGAAUACUCGUUUCUUUUGCGUUUCAUUAGAUAUAGUUAGUGUAUAUUCAUGCUUGAGUGGAGUUUCAGUAAAAUGGAAUUGAUUGACAGUUGUUCAGCAAAGUACACACUUCGAACCAAAUCUAUUCUCAAGCGCAUUGAAUCUGAGCGAACACGCCACACCAACAGCAAGAAAAGGGAAAACAAAGAGAAGGAGAAGCCACCACCUCUGAGCAAAUACAGACGCAAGACGGCUAACGCCCGCGAGAGAAACAGAAUGAAGGAGAUAAAUGAUGCUUUCAUUAGCCUGCAGAGCAGCCUACCUGAUAUUCCGGGAACAGACGCCGAUAAAUUGACGAAGAUAACUGUUUUGAAGUUAGCAGUGACUUACAUUGGGGCUUUAGCUAAGGUGCUAGACACUAAUUCUGCGCUGCCAAUGGACGUGGAGGACGUACGCCAGAUGUGGUGUAUGGAUAACGCACACAUCACCAAAACAGAUAACUGCUCCAAGACUUUCAAUAAAAACUCGCCCGCUAGAAAAGAUUCGCAGAAUAAAUUAGGUCUUGUGAAGCCAUUGACUACUGCAAGCCGAGCUCAGAGUUCGGCUCCGAGGAAGAGACAUCCCUCGAACCAAGCCGGCAAACUUGAUAACCAGAAAGAUAAGUUCUUGCACUCAACUAUCAAACCUGCAGUCAAAAAACCUGGUAAGUCUCGGAGUCGAGGCAAAGUGUGCCGAACGAACAGCGUGGCUACAAACAAUGGGGCAUAUAUCACGCUCAAAAAUUGCGCUAUGCAAACAACUCACAAUCCAAAGUCUCGUCAAAUCAAUAAUCAGCCUCUAAUGAUGUCAAUGACUGUAAAAAGAACUCGAAUGGAGCCAAUUGUAGGGCACAGAUCAACAAAAAUGAGAAAGUAUGAACCGCUUCUGACCUAUUCCACCCCAGAUUUGACGCAAUUCAAUACAAUAACUCAGAAAAUACCGGGCAUUAACUUCAGUCAGGGCCAACAGUUAUGUAAUGGCUUACAAAUUCAAACACCACCGAAUUAUACAGUUAAGUCAUCAUUCACACCGCAGUAUAAUAUCUUGCCGCUUCAACACAUAGAUCCUAGUAAGAAUUUUCCAUUUCACCGAACGUGUACACCCAACAAUGUAAAUAUCCAGCAGAUAAAACAUAACUAUUCAGCUAUUCCCAAUUCUUUUCAAACUGUCCAUCAAUCCCUCGUAAGCAACGACCAAAAAUCGUAUUUCACUCAAUCUUCACCAACAGAACUUCCACAAUAUUUGCCCGCUCAGACAACCACAGAUUGCGUUACGUUGGGUGGCCUCUCAUUCCAAGAUCUCGACAGCCCGCCCGUGAGAAAUGACGUCCUCUUGGAGUUUCCACAAGAUACUAAGCUUCCAAGUUCUGCGGAUUCCGCCUUUUCAUCUGGAGAGUCUGCCCCUUCGAGUCCAAGUCUUUCAUUGCCCCCUAACACCCCAACGUUCGGCGACAUAUCUCCUUUCAGUUCUCUUACGAGCCUCAGUGGAGGGUCCACUUCAGGCUGUAGUAUCAGCAGUACGGACUGCGACAGCGUCUUCAAUAGUCUGCUAGAUUGUGAGCCAUUCCAAGACGAAUUGGAUCAUUUCACUGCUGCCUUCACCGAGGAGAGCAACUCAUUUAAUUUAUUCAUGGAUCAAGCAUCGUCUACCUUCAUCAAUUGCAAUGUUGAUGCAUAAAGAUGACCCAUGAAUUAUAUUAAUCUUCUAAAAAACAGCGUAAAAUGAUCUUUGCUAUCAGUGUAUUGCUUACUAUUUUUUUAAGUACAAUGUUGCUAUUCAUAAGUUAUGUGAAAAUGAUUUGCGUUAAGGUUUCAUUUUUUUUGCGUUAUCUCUCUUACAUUAAUAUCUUGAAUUACAUAUUCAGGACCGCUUUCAACGAUCGGUAGACGAGGGCUCUUGAGUUCACCUCUUGACUUUAGAGUAGACAAAAAGAGCACCGAAAAGAAUUGUCAGGUAUUGGAUUUUUGUCCAUUGCAAAUUUGGCCAAGGGUAUUAAGACUGAGACCUUCGGAAUAAAGACCGACUUUGUUACAUAAAUGUGUAAAGACAGCUUUAUCAUAGAUUCUUAUGAAUAUAUAUCUCAUUGCUUGCAUAUCAUUUCAUAUACAACUCUUGUGAAAGUACAUCUUUGAAAUGAC